UGUCAACCGCCGUAAUACAAGAGGAAGAAGAAGAAGCGGCGGCAGUAGACCAGUGAGAGGUGAAAUCGUGUGAAAGGCCGAAGAGAGAAACAGCAAUAAGACCGUAAAUCAACAAAGAGAUACUGCCACAAUGCUUCCACUAUCUCUGCUGAAGACUGCCCAGAACCAUCCUAUGCUGGUGGAGCUGAAGAAUGGAGAGACAUACAACGGCCACCUUGUCAGCUGCGACAACUGGAUGAACAUCAACCUGAGAGAAGUUAUCUGCACCUCAAGGGAUGGAGAUAAGUUCUGGAGGAUGCCCGAGUGCUACAUCAGAGGAAGCACCAUCAAGUAUCUGCGAAUUCCAGACGAGAUCAUCGACAUGGUGAAGGAGGAGGUUGUGUCGAAGGGCCGCGGACGUGGAGGCACCCAGCAGAACAAACAGCAGGGCAAAGGAAGAGGAGGAGCCGGCCGCGGUCUGUUCGGUGGCCGUGGCAGGGGAAUGACCGGCCCUGGUCGGGGACAGCAGCAACAGCAACAGCAACAGCCGCAGCAGCAGGAUAAGAAAAUGGGCAAACCACAGGGAAUGAAGAACCAGCACUAAGAGACAACAUUAAACCAUCAACAACACAUAACUCAGUGAUUACUCCUUCAGUACAUGAAGAUAAAAUUAACUCUCUGGUGUUUCUUUCUGCUGUGAUAUUUGUCAAGACUGACCAUUGUAGAAAUCACACUGGGAGAAGUAAAGAGAAGCUGUGCUUUUGCACUGAAUUUUGUUUUUUAGCAUCUGUAAGUUGCUUUUUUUUAUUAUGACCACGUACCAGUGUAUCAGUCUCAGACUCCUUCUUUAGUAUCAAUGUAUAUGUAUCAUUACAACUUUGCAAGAAUGUUUUGUAUCAUAAAUCACAUUAUAUUAUCCCAAAAAACAGUUUUCCAUCAGUUGGUACACUGGAAUUAGGUUUUUAUUUUAAUUUCUUUGGUGGUAGUUUUCAUGGUAAAGAAACUGCCCUGCCCCAACUUAUGUUGCAUGAAUAUUUUUUUUUAACUUGCUCUUUAUUUUUGUGUUGUCUGUAAAGUUCUGUGGUUUUGCAACCUUUUUGUUUGUCUGCUGCGCUGUACGGUCCGAUCACAGCAGUAGAUUGACAGUCAGGGAACGAGGAAUCAGCCCCUGAAAAUCAACACUUUUGUUAAAGCAUUUCUAAGAUGACACAUAAUAAUUACGAUUUCCAAAAAAAAAAAAAAAAUCUCAUUUUCUUAAGUCUGAAAUGAUUAAGUCCAACGUGUUUCGUGUUGGUUGGGUUUCAUUUUAUUUUUGUAGCUAAAGACGGUGUUGUAAUUUAUUUACAUGAGAACAUGAGAAUAAAACAACUUUUGUUAAA